UCGCAUUUGUUUUGUAACAACGUGCUUGCAAGUAUGACCGAAACAGAGAAUUUCGGUUUCGUGAUCGACACCGGCGUCGACGACGAUGGCCAAAAGCUGCAGGAGGCGUUCGUUCCUCUUAAUAUCGAUUCGAAGAGCGAUUUGGGCAAAGAAGAAGAUUGUCUCAUAAAACAAUUGCUCGCCGAGUACAGAGAGGAGAAGUAUAUGAAUGCGCAGAACGAGAAGAGUCUGUCUAGCUAUGAAAAGUUCUGCAAGGAUAUGGGGUGGACGUGCUUGCAAAGAAAUAAGAGAUUGAAGAAGAAGAAUGAACUCUUCGAAACACCUAAAGGUUUAUCGGAUGAGGCCAAGAAAGUGCUAUCAAAGAGUGAGGUACUCAAGGAAGAGUUCAAAACAAAGCAUGCUGUGCCACCUGAGGAGGUUUCCAAGAGGCAGGCAAAGAAAGAGAGAAAGGUUGAGAAGGAGAAGACGAAGGGCGAUAAAUGGUACGGGUUACCAGCGACUGAAGUCACCGACGAGCUUAGGAAAGAUCUCGAGGUGCUCAAAAUGCGUUCGGUGCUGGACCCAAAGCAUUUCUACAAGAAGAACGAUCUGCAAGUGCUGCCCAAGUACUUCCAAGUGGGAAAAGUUGUGGAUUCGCCACUGGAGCACUACAGCGGCAGGUUAACGAAGAAACAGAGGAAGAGGACCAUCGUGGAUGAAUUGCUUGCUGACGCCAAUUUCCAGAGGCACAACAAGAAACGCUACCUGGACAUCAUCGACGAGAAGGCCAAAACUGACUACAAGACGUUCAACGAGCAGAGGAAGAUGAAGAAGAAAAAGAGGAAAACGGAGUGAUCAUACUUAGGUACUGUGUUAAUUGUAUAGUUUAUAUUUUCUUCUUUUACCAUAAACGUUUGUUUUACUAUAAAAUAUGACAAAAAAAAAAGGAAAUGCUUGUUUCUGAUUUGAAACCUUUCAACCCGAUCCUCGAAUCCUGUUCAAAAUAAUUCCUUCUUUUUCGAAACGAUAUAGAUUCGGAAUUUAAUAAUGUUGUUUACGGAAUUUCAAGUUUGCAUUGAUAAAUAGGAAACAGGGAAAUACCGUGACGCAAAUUAGCAAAUUCAUUUCAAUUUUAGCAAAAAGGAAAAAUAUUCGUAUAUCUGGU